AUUUGGUUGCUAUGGGUUACGAUUUAUGACAUAAUUUACCUUGAUGAUGUAAGCUAUUCUGAACACUGUUCUGAAGUUCUACUGUCAGUUGUUAAUGUUGUAGUUUUGAUGACCUUCAUAUGGCCUUCAUCUGUUAGUUAAACAAUGAUAAACAACUAAUAUAGAAUAUAUUUGAUCAUUUUCCUCCUGAAAUGAAUUCCUCAAAUAAAGAUUCAGAAAAUCCCUCUGAGCCAGAGCCUGGCCCAUCCAGACCCUCUGAUGGCUCACCCCAGCAGGAUUCCCCCUCAUUUUUACAGGGCCACAUUCAAAAUCUCUCUGACAAUGAGUGGGCGGUUCUCAGCAGGAUAUUGGAUCCUUCUAUGACUAGGGCCCAGUUUGCAGAGCUCUGCCAGUCCCUCUUGAUGCCUAUUCUGGCCGCCACGUCCUCCUCCACUUGUCAUGUUGAGGUAACUCACCGCACUACUGAGGAGGCCUGCCGUGCUGAUGAGCAGCUCCACAGAGCCAGAGAUGGAACUGAAAACUCUGAGCAGGUGAAGACCUCAGGAAGCCCCUCUCUGGAUGCAGACGGCCGUCUGCACCAGGCUGUUCCAGACUUCACUGCUGCCCCAGCAGCCCUGGGGGCGGGGACUUCACCCUCCCCUGAGCCAAGAUGGCUGAGAUUAAAGAGCUUCCUAGCCAAAACUAGGAUACACUUCAAUUUCAAGAUUCCAACAAGACGCCACAGGAAAGUGGAUCCCGGUCCGACUCCUUCCAACAUGGACUUAGCAGGUCAGAAUGUGGACACAUCUGCCAUCCAUGAUGCACCUGCCUGUUCCCCUCAGCAGAAACCUCACAAGCGCUCCUUUUUUAGGAUCUUUGCUUCCUGCUUUGGGUAGAUUAUGGUCAAGACCCGUCACACUGUGAGCACCACAGCUAUAGGAAAACAUGACAAAACAUGAAGAAUACAUCUACCAUUUCAGAUGUUGAAAUCAUGUCCAACACAGAAACUAACACUGUUUAUAUUAAAUCUAAUCAGUUA